AUGAAGUGUACAGAGGAGAUAUUCAAGCAGGGCAAGGCAAUAGCAGGAUCGAGGAGGGUCGAAGCUCGUUCACAAGCGAUUGCGACCAAAUUGCUGGCUCCUCCGAAACAGAGGCGCAGCAACUCCGGCUCACUCUUCCCUCUGCCUUUUGUUUCUCUUCCUCUUGCUCGGCCUCUUAUCGCUCUCUGUUCUCGUGCUCCUCCUCCUCCUCCUGCGUCGUUCUUGCUGCUGCGUUCUCGUUAUCACCUCUUUCUUUCCCUUGGACAUGCCGGCCUCAUGGCGCAUCACUACUAUGCCGCGUGCUUGGACGACCGCACCACCGAAUUUCAAAACCACUCCGACUUGCCUCCCUCUUCCCCUGCCUUCCGUCUCCGCCUCUCUCGCCUUCAACAAGAGCUUGCUCAAUUCGAGACUCGAUGUGUCGAGACCCGGCAGGCCUUGGACUCAAAGACCUCCGAGGCCAAUGCCAUGAAGGAGCAUGUCUGUCUCCUCGAAGGUCAGCUUCAUCAAUCGGAACAGACCAUUGCUGGUGUGAAGGAGCAGCUCUGGGGUCUAGAAGAGGAAGUUGCGCAGCUCCAGGCUGAUCAAGUCGCGCUUCAACUCCAGCUGGAAUUGGAUAGCGCCAAUCACGCUCGCGACGAAGAGGAGUGGGACUUGGAGAGAGAGGAACUCAAGGCCCAAAUCGCUCACCUUGAGACAGAAUUGCAACUUGCUAGCUGUAGCGACAGUGAAUUAGAUUUUCUAAUUACUCCUGCGAAGAAAGGACAUUUAGACAGGGAUUUGAUCUCCCCUGGGACUUUGAAUGGGUUAUCACUGCAGAGUCUACUUGAUAUGGGAGAAGCUUCAUUAGAGGUAGAGGAAGACAUCCAUGAACUAAAAAUGAGGCUGGCAGAAUCUGAAGCCCGUGAACGAGCUGCCUUGCAUGAACUGACGUUGAAAGAUCGGGAGCUCGAAGAAUUGAAAACUCAAAACAAAAAUCUGAAGGAAGAGGUAACGACAGAAAAAGGAAAAGCUAAAGAAGAAGCAGAGGAUUUGACUCAAGAAAUGGCUGAGUUGCGAUAUCAGUUGAUGGAGAUGAUAGAGCAGGAGCGGGAACUGCGUGCCCAAGCUGAGCAAGCUUCAGUGCUUCGGGUUGUAGAGCUAGAGUCUCAGGUGAAGAAUGCCCGUCAAGAGGCGGUGCGGGCGCUUGUGAGUCGUAGAGAAACUGAAAUGCAAUCAGAUCGGUUGGCCAUUGAGCUUCAACGAGUGCGGCUUGCUCUUAAGGAUACUGAAGAAGAAGUGAGAGAAUUGAAAAGGAAGCUUAAGCAUGCUCAAGAAGAAGCUGAGCAAUGCCGAAAUGAUUUAUCUUCAGAGACCGAAGCAAGGUUGAAAUUGGGGAAACAGCUGGAGAGUUUACAAGCAGUUCGCAAUUCCUUGGUGACUGAAAAUCGCGACCUGAAGAAAAGUCUGGAUAAAGCCGUUGCAACUAGUUCUGAGUUAGCAGAAUCCCUCAGGAUGAAAGAGUCAGCAUUGCACACAUUAGAAUCAACGAUUAGGAGGAAUGAAAAUGAAUUUGAGAGUAGUACUGAAGAUUUGUCAAUGGAGCAUGUGAAAAGUGAAGGACGGAUCUCAAGUGAACAAUUGGAGAACCAAGAAGACGCUACUUCUGAAAGCUUAAGUACUCAUGAUCAACUUGAUGCUGAAAGCUCACACAUUACAGGUGGUGCUACUUAAAAUGCAGAUACUUCCACCAGUUUAUCAGUCGUUUGCUAGAAGUCGACCAGAACAUUCACACCUUUCGACACGCCUGGUAGAAAGAACUGGAUGUUCAAUCUGCGGCCCUUCCUACUUUGGUGAUGAAGAUGCAAUUACCAGAAUGAACUGAAGACUCAAUACAGGAAAAGCCAAUUUUAGAUGGUUACAAGUGUGUGGAGUAAUUGGAAUUUGUUGAUUAUUGAUGAAAAUCAAAAUUCGAUUUGGAUUCCGUUUUCAUCGAAACAAGCUAAAACGGAAGUAAAAGAUCCAGGCAAUGAUUGCUGGCAGGGCAUCUGGGAGGAGAAAUUUAGGAGUGGAAUUUAUGUGUCUGUUAUCGCGUGACUUUCAAAACACAAGUUGCAGCAGUGCGGGUAUUACACACAAUCCAGGCAUCAAGUAAAAUCUACAUUUUGUAAAGCGGAUAUAGAAAGGUAUUGCCUGACACAUUGUCACUGUUUAAUAUAACGGAGAAUCUGCGGUUUCAAAUUGAAGAUUGUAUGCCUUCUGAUCAGUUGUUUCUGUAACUGCUCAGUGUUCACGUAAUGAGUUACCUGCCCUGAGUUACGCGACAAGAGCUUUUUAUUAAACUCUGAAACUUAAUGGCAUUCUUUAGACCUCA